AUGGAGGCUUCAGGCGCUGAUAAGGGCUUCUUUCAGAAGCCUCCCGUUCUGAACAAUCAGUUUCAUGAUGAUGUGACCUUCCAGAGGUGCUUUAAGCUGUUUCUUCCACGGCAGAUCGUCCAGCAAGUCCAAGCUGAACUGGCUUCACUUGGAGAUGAUGUCCUCUCCGACCAAGUUUUUGCCUGGAUCACGGAUGCUGAACAUAACAAACCGUUCCUUAAAGGAUCAGGCCGUGAUGUAUUUGGCCAGUGGAAGGGUGAUUUAGUCACUGGUGAAGGGUGGCGUGGUCUUCAGAAUUUUGGCCUGUCCCGAGGAUUUGUCGCCGCUGGAUAUGACACUCCAUAUGGUGCAUUUGCACGAGCAUACCAGUUCAUGCGCAUACAACUUUGGACGCCAUCGUGUGCCAAUGUCGGUUGUCCUUCCGCUAUGCAGGAUGGCGCUGCUCGACUUCUACAAACACACCUUAGUAGCCCAGAACUCGUUGCAAAGCUCACAGAUGAGCAAAAAAAAGUAUUCGAGAACGCUUUCAAUCAUCUAACCACACGAGAUCCACAGCGUGCCUGGACCAGCGGCCAGUGGAUGACUGAGCGAACAGGGGGAAGUGAUGUGUCAUUGACCGAAACAACAGCAGUGAACAUGCCAACUUCUGAGAUCCAACUCGCCUCGAAAGAUGAAAAGAUACCAUUAGGGCCAUGGAGUAUCAAUGGUUUCAAGUGGUUUUCGUCAGCAACGGACUCGAGAAUGACUGUCCUCCUUGCUCGAACAUCUAAAGGCGGACUGUCAACCUUUAUGGCUCCCAUGUAUAAACACGAUGCGAGUGCUACCACAGCCACCGGACUUCCGAAAAGCAACGGGGAGCAACUUAAUGGAGUUCGCAUCCAACGCUUGAAAAACAAAUCAGGCACACAGAGUCUCCCAACAGCUGAACUAGUUCUCCAGGACAUGCGAGCAUGGCUUAUAGGGCAAGAAGGCCGAGGCAUCCAAGAAAUCGCAACAAUUUUGACCUUGACUCGAGUUCACUCUUCAGUUGCUGCUGUGGGUUAUUUGGGAAGAGGGCUUGCCAUCGCAAGAGCAUAUGCUCAAGUUCGAGAGGUUGGUGGUGGAAAGGGGACUCGAAUGAAGCUCACAGAGAGUUCAUUACACAUGAGAACCCUUUCAAAGAUAUCUUCCGAGUAUCGUGGCCUUAUGCUUCUUACCAUCUUUACAUCGUAUGUCCUUGGCGUUUCGGAGCAUGGCAUAGCGUCGGACGCAAAUCUCUCACCUGCGCUAGAGGCGCUGACACCUUCUGCACAACAUGCUGCGCCAUUGAUUCGGGUUCUUACUCAGCUCACAAAAGCUUACGUUUGCAAACCAUCGGUACAGCUACUUUUCUCCUGUAUGGAGGCGCUCGGUGGUGUUGGGUACCUUGCCAAUGAGGAACAAGAGUACCUCAAUAUCGCUCGCCUCCAUCGCGAUUGCGCUGUGCUGCCUAUCUGGGAGGGCACAACAGAUGUUUUGAGCACCGACUUCUUGAGGGCGAUCAAGCAUCCAAAGGCUGGCCAGGACACUCUGAACGCCCUCGAAGACUCUAUUAAGAAGGGUAUGGCAUUUCAAGGAAAGGUCUCUUGGCCUGAAGGCUUGAACCCUUUGAUCGCUUGGAAGAGCCUGAGGCAGCGUAUUGAACGAGAAUCGUUGGUAGACUUGAUGGGAGAUGCCAGGGAAGUUCUCUGGGCUGUGGCAGAUUUACUAGUGUCUGUUCUUCUCUUUGUUGACGCUGGUAGUGACGGUGAUCAAGUGUCGCUGGAUAUUUUCCACCGAUUCUUGGAAGGGAAGAAUGUCACUACGAAGCGAGAAAAGGUUUCAGCUCGACAACAGCUUGCGAAGGACUUCGCAGUUGUGUAUGGAGGCGCCACAAACGAGAUCUUUGCCAAGCUUUAA